GAGGAGUUAGGUUUAUUUUAUUUAUUUUCGUUGUUUUACGCAUUUUGGGGGUUCUCGAGGGGUUUAGUUCUGUUAUCAAUCCUUCCAACGAUUGUGAUACCACCCCCAUAGCUGAAAAACCCUAACAUUGAAGAAUGGUUCUAUCGAACAAGAAGCUCAAGGAAAAGCUAAGAGCGGCUAAGGCUGAACUGUUGGUAGCCCGAGAGAUUUCAGAAGACCCGGAUUCCAAAUCAGGAAAGCUACUCAACACAGUUUUGGAAUCCAUCACCCAAAAGCUCAAAUCCUCGAAAAGAGAACAGCGCAAUAAAAGGGCACACUCAUCGCUAGAGAAUUCCUCCAUCAAUGCCGGAGUUGGGGAAGAAAGUGGCAGCGGGGGUGAGAAAGGGGAGAAAGAGGGAGGUGAUGGCUCAGAGAAGAGGAAUACGAAGAAGAGGAAGAAUGGGGCUAAUGGCGUGUUAGAGAAGGUUGAUUUGGUCGUUCCCCAACAAGUUUCUGUAGAAGAACCACCCAAACCCGCCCCUCUAUCUGCAGCCAAAGCACUUAAGCGGUUGAAAAGAGAACUACGCCCGGGAAGGGCUAAAUGGCUGGAAGCACGUUCUGCCAUUAAUGCAGAGGUUGGGAGAGAAAGUGGAAUUGGAGAUGAAAAGGGGGGGAAAGAGGGAGAUAACGAGUCAGAUCAAAUGAAUAUGAAAAAGUGGAAAAUAAGUGAUAUGGAUGGAUUAGAGAGUGGACAGGAAGUGAAGAAGAGGGUGGUCAUGACGCCAAAAAAGAAAAAGAAGAAGAAGAAGAAGCAGAAGAAGAAGAGUAAAGGGAAAAAAGAGACAGGAAAUGAGGAAUUGAAGGAAGGUGUGAAGGUUGUAGAAGAAGUAGCUGCACAGGCAAUUACAGAUAUUAAGCUUAAAGAAGUUGUUGAUGCACCUACAAAAGUUUAUGUUGGAGGCAUCCCAUACUACUCCAAUGAGGAUGAUAUUAGGAGUUUCUUUGAAGGGUGUGGGACCAUUACAAAAAUUGAUUGUAUGAUAUUCCCGGACACGGGAAAGUUCAGAGGCAUUGCAAUAAUCAAUUUUAAGACAGAAGCGGCUGCAAAAAGAGCCUUGGGCCUUGACGGAUCGGACAUGUAAGUCACCUAUUAGAUCAAUAACUACUUCUAGCUCAUCCUACUCUGUCGUAAGUCAUCAUUAUCUCCGUCUACCUCUUGCAGGGGUGGACUAUUCCUGAAAGUCCAGGCAUACAACGCAUUUAGAUCAAAAAACAAAGUUUCUAACUUCUCUCCGGCAGCUGUGGAUGGUUACAACAGGAUUUAUAUAGGAAAUUUGUCAUGGGACAUAACCGAGGACGACUUAAGGAACUUUUUUUCUGGUUGUCAAAUAGCAUCUAUCCGGUUCGGAGAAGAUAAGGAAACAGGGGUGUUCAAAGGCUAUGCCCAUGUUGAUUUUGCGGAUAAUCCCUCUUUACAAACAGCGUUGAAGCUGGAUCAGAAAAUUGUUUGUGGAAGACCUGUUAGGAUAAGUUGUGCUGUCCCAAAGAAGUUAGGGGCACUGACCAAAUCAAGAACUACUGAAGUGAAUAAUGCUCAAGUAAAGAGUUUGGAAGAUGUAAAUAUCCUCUCACAAGAUAACACGGCAGUCCCGUCACAAGAGAAUAAUAACACCGAUUUCCUGCCAAGCAAUCAGGUGGAGAAUGUUGAGACAGGGCCACUCAAUGCAAAGAUUAGAAGGAGAACGUGUUAUGAAUGUGGAGAGCGUGGGCACGAGUCUUCUUCUUGUCCCAUGAAACAAGCAGUUGAACAAGGAAAUCGAGUUGGAGUGACCACAUCAAUAUCCAGCGAAAUGAACAGUCAAGUUCCAGUGACCAAAUCUAGAUCUACCGAAAUGAGUACUCAAUUAAAGAGUUUUGACGACUCAAAUUUCACGCGACUAAACAAUGUACAAGUAAGUAAUCAGCUUGAUGCAUUGCCAAGCGCUCCAGUGGAGAUUGGUCAACUCAGUGCAAAGAUACGGAGGCGGACGUGUUAUGAAUGUGGAGAACGUGGGCAUCUCUCCUCAUUUUGUGUCAAGAAAAAAGGUGCUACCGAGCAAGGAAAUCAAGUUGCAAGCUGAUCUUGAAGAAGAUUUUGUAAAAUUUUGUUUUCUAUUUAUGUAUUUGUGCUUCAUUUAGUGAGUAUUUCCUCUAUAUACGGACAAACAAGUUGGUAAUACUUUUUGGUCCAUUAGUUAAUACUUUCAAACAUGAAUUAAAGUAGUACCGCAAGCUGUUAUUAAAAACAUACCGUUCCUUUUGGUAUAAAAAAACUUCGUUUGCAUUUUAUAGUAAUGAUUAUGUGGUUCGUAUUAUUUUUUCGUCAA